ACACACACACACACACACACACACACACACACACACACACACACACACACACACACACACACACACACACACACACUUCCUUGUAGUGUUUCCUUGUAACACCUACCACAUAAUGACGUCAAUAAACAAAAGAUAAACAAUUGGAAUAAAACAAGGGAUUCAAGGUUGGUGAACAGAGGAGUGCCUACCACCUUGAUGGACAACAUUUUAUUUCCUAUUCCCAAUAUGAAGAAUUUAGUUCUGAUUCUGGCAGCGCAUUCCUUGAUUGACCUAUGCACAAUACAGGUCUUUGCACGAGAUGCUUCAUCUGUGGAUCAUACAAAUACCAUGGAAACACUAUCCCUAACGACGAUAACAAUAGUUUCUCCAACUACCACAGCAAAAGCAGCUUCAAUAACCACCACAAGUGGAGGCUCAAAUAUCAUGACAAGAGCAACUCUGAAAAGCAUGACACAAGAUGAUCAAUCUACCGUGAGAAUGCGAGCUCCAACUGACUUGACAAAAGUAUAUCGAACCACCAAAACAAUCGUAGCUCAGACUACCAUGACUACAGUAGCUUCAACUACUAUGACAAGGGGAUCUCCAGAUACAAUGACAACACCAGCUCCGACUACAAUUUCUACCGUAACUCUGACGACCAAGACAGUAGACGUUCCAACUAACAUGACAAAAAGUGCUACAACUACCAUUACAACAGCAUAUUCAUCCACCAUGAAAACGGGAGCUCCAAUUAACUUGACAAAUGGUAAUCCAACUAUGAUGACACAGGUUGAUCAGAAUAUCGAGACGAUGGCAGCAAAGCCUACCAUGAAAAAAGCUACGUUUACAACCAUGACACCAGGAUCUCCAACUCCAAAUACAACAUUUGCUCCAACAAAGAUGACAACGAGACCUCCAUCUAGCAUGGCAACAGUAACUCCAACUACCAUGACACCAGAAGUUCCAACUACCAUGACAACGGCAGCUAAAAAUCCCAUAACAACAGGAUAUCCAACUAACAUGAGAACAGGAGCUCCAACUGACUUGACAACAACAGUUCCAAGUGCCAUGAUAACAGAAUCUCAAACUACCAUGACAACAGCAGCUCCAACUACCAUGACAACAGCAGCUCCAACUACCACGACAACAGGAGCUCAUACUACAAAUGAAACAACAGCUCCAGCUACCAUGACAACAGGAUCUCCAACUACCAUGAGAACAACAGCUCCAACUAACAUGACAACUGGAGCUCCAACUACAAUGAGCAUAACAGCUCCAACUACCAUGACAACUGCAUCUCCAACUCCCAUGAAAAAAGCAGCUCAAAGUAGCAUGAUAACAGGAGCUCCAACUACAAGCGAGACAAGAGCUCAAACUACAGUGACAACAAAAGCUCUGACUACAAAUGAAACAACAACUUCAAUUACCAUGACAACUCCAGCUCCAUUGUCCAUGACAACAGAAGGUCAGACUACAAUAAGAACGGUAAAUCCAAGAACCAUUAAAACAGAAUUUCCAAAAAACAUGAGAAAAACCGGUCCAAAUACCAUGACAACUGCAGCUGCAAUAGGGAGAGAAGCUCCACUGAACAUGACGAAAGCAACUUCAACUACCAUGACUACGGGAGCUCCAGCCACCAUGAGAAUUACAGCUCCAACAACCAUCACAACGGAAGCGGAGACUACCAUGACAUCAGAAGCUCCAACUAAUAUCUCAAAUGCAACUCAAACUACCAUGACAAUAGGAACUCCAAAUAACUCGACAACAGGAGGUCAAUCUACAAACAAAACAACAGCUCCAACUAGCAGGACAACGGGAGCGCUGACUAAAAAUGAAACCAAAGCUCCAACUACCAUAACAACAGUACAUCCAUCUCCAAUAACAGGUGCUCCAAAUAAUAUAUCAAAUGCAGCUCAAACUACCACAGCAACAGGAUCUCCAACUACCAUGAUAACAGGAGCUCCAAAUACCAUGACAACUGCUCCUCCAACUACCAUGACAGCAGGAGCUCUUACAUCAAACGAAACAAUUGCUCCAACUACGAUGACAACAGAAGCCUCCAACUGGCAUGACAACAGAAGCUUCAACUACCAUGACAAUAGGGGCCCCAACAACCAUGACAACAGCUCCAAAUACUCUCACAACAGAAGCUUCAACUACCAUGACAACAACAGCUCCAACUACCAUGACAACAGCUACAACUACCAUGACAAAAGGGGCCCCAACUACCAUGACAACAGGGGCCCCAACUACCAUGACAACAGAAGCUCCAACUACCUUGACAACAGGGGCCACAACUACAGCUCAAACUACCAUGACAACCGAACCUCUGAGAAAGAUAACAACAGCUCCAACUACCAUGACAACUGCAUCUACAACUACCAAGACAACAACAGCUCCAACUACCAUGACAACAGGGGCCCCAACUACCAGGACAACAGCUCCAACUACUAUCACAACAGAAGCUUCAACUACCAUGACAACAACAGCUCCAACUACCAUGACAACAGCUACAACUACCAUGACAAAAGGGGCCCCAACUACCAUGAUGACAGGGGCCCCAACUACCAUGACAAAAGGGGCCCCAACUGCUAUGACAACAGAAGCUCCAGCUACCUUCACAACAGGGGCCCCAACUACAGCUCAAACUACCAUGACAACCGAACCUCUGAGAAAGAUAACAGCUCCAACUACCAUGACAACAGGGGCCCCAACAACCAUGACAACAGCUCCAACUACUAUGACAAAAGGGGCCCCAAUUACCAUGACAACAGGGGCCCCAAUUAUCAUGACAACAGGGGCCCCAAAUACCAUGACAACAACAGCUCCAACUACCAUGACAACAGAAUCUCCAACUGCCAUGACAACAGAUGCUUCAACUACCAUGAAAACAACAGCUCCAUCUACUAUGACUACAGGGGCCCCAACUACCAUGAUAACAGGGGCCCCAACUACCAUGAAAACUGCUCCAACUACUAUCACAACAGAAGCUUCAACUACCAUGACAACAACAGCUCCAACUACCAUGACAACAGCUACAACUACUAUGACAAAAGGGGCCCCAACUAA